AUGGCCCCGCGACCGAGCACGAGCCGCUCUGACCGCCGCAACCUCGACCAAGGCGUUGGUAGCUACGGCCACAGUGAAGAUGACGACAUGCAUUCGGGGUCGGAUGAUGGGAUGUUCUCCUUCGCUCGACCGUCCACGGCGGACCAGCCGACUCGCUCCAUCCCGUUGGGGGUGCCUUCGCACCCAAGCUCACCUCCAACACCCGACACCAUCACAGUUGCCCCUGAUGGCAGCGCACGCUCCACUCCGCCAAAACAGCUCAACUUUUCGCGCGAGCACGACGAGGGCCUAGCCCCUUCGGAUCGAACACAUGGUCAUCAGGGGCCACCGCGACCUUCGACGGGCGGCGUACCGCCAAGUGCGGGGUAUAGGCUUCCUCGUAAUGAUAUCGCGUUCGACAACGCGACUUUCUGCGUAGAUCUGGGAGGUCGGCUGCGGGUCGGGUACCAAAAUUCGGACUCGGAAGACUCGCUGUCCGGUCACCACGGAUUCGGGUCGAGCACAUCCACCGGCCGCAGGUGCGACACGGAAGCCUCUUUCCAGUCAGAGUCACACGACGGGUCUCAGGUCGGAUUGAACCCAUUUGGCAAAAGUGUCAAUCCGUCGCCCUGGGGAAAGUCAGACAGACAAAACUUUCGCUUGGAGAGUAUCGACGUCCAUCCGAACCAGCCGCAUGCGUCGAGCUCGUACGGCGCCGGUAGCGACGACCACCUCGCAAAGGUCGUGCAAGUGAGCACUGACGCGGCUUCCGACAGUGGAGAUAUCGAAGAGGACUCACCCUACGCUGAAGUCCGCGCCAGUGUCUCCAACUGGGACGACCCCAUCAUUCCAUCGCUCACGUUUCGGAGUUGGUUCCUCGGCCUGACCCUUUGCAUCUUGCUGGGUAGUGCCAAUACGUUCCUCGCUUUCCGAUACCCCUCAGUGAGUCGGUUAGACUGCACCUAUUUGAGGCUGCACCAGACUUACAGAUGGAACAUGGCAGCCUGCGAUCACUCCUCUCGUCACCUUGAUCGUGGCAUACCCUCUCGGGAAGCUUUCGGCGAUGUUGCUGCCGAUCAAGGAGUGGUCCAUUCCUCGAUGCUUACGGCUUGGGACGACAAUAAGUCUCAAUCCUGGUCCGUUUUCCCAGAAGGAACAUGCGGUGAUCGUCAUGAUGGCCAACGUUGGAUUAACCCCCCCGUAAGCCUAAGAGUGAUGCUUGUUAGACUUACAUCAAGCUCGAUCAUUGCACACCCACGUGAACUGAUGCCAGCCCCCGCUCCGGCCGAUGCCCAGCUACGCGCUCAACUACUCUGUGGCGUCCGAAGUGUUUUACAAGAUCAAGUACAGCUUUCAGUUUGAUUUCCUGCUCGUUCUGAGUUCCUGCAUACUCGGGUUCGGUAUCGCGGGCUUGUAUCGCCGGUUCCUCGUCUGGCCGGCAAGUUUGCUUUGGCCACAGAAUUUGCUCUUGGCAACCCUCAUCGCGACUUUUCACGCGGAAGAAGACGAGGAGCCAGAUUCAGUGGGUAUCCCUCGACUACGAGUGUUCACGUACGUCAUCGUGGGUGCGGCAAUAUGGUACUGGAUACCAGGUACGCACUUUUCUUGCGAGGGGCAAAACCUCCUCCAACUAGCUGGACUGAUUUCACUACCUCCCGUCCAUCCGUGAAGGAUACAUCUUCCAGGGCCUCUCCGCUUUCUCUUUCGUCUGCUGGAUAGCUCCAAGCAAGUGCUUAAUACGCUUCCACUUAGUAUAAUCCUUUCAGCUUGAGCUGAUCCUCCCCCUCUCGAUGAUGCCUCCCACAGAUAACACGAUCGUAAACCAGCUGUUCGGGGUCAACACGGGACUCGGGAUGUCUCUGCUCACCUUCGACUGGGCUCAGAUCGCCUUUAUCACCUCACCUCUUGUCAUCCCGUGGUGGGCGAUUGCCAACAUUUUUGGCUGCUUCGUGGUAACCAACUGGAUCGUCGCGCCGGCCCUGUACUACAGCGGCGUGUGGUCGACGUACUACCUCCCCAUAUCGGCAAGCGCGGUGUUUGAUCGGUACGGUCAGAUGUACAAUCUCUCCAGAAUCUUCAAUCAACAUGAGGCGACCAUAGAUGCUGCCGCAUACACUGAGUAUUCGCCGCUCUUUCUCACGUCGACCUACGUGUGCGCAGUCGGCCUCGCCCUCGCUCUUCUGCCGGCAGCGCUGACACACACGGGGAUCUAUCACGGCCGAGACAUCUGGGCGAAGCUACGGGGGCGCCAGACCGAGCGGGAGGAUAUACAUAGCAAACUCAUGAAGUCCUAUCCCGACGUUCCGGACUGGGUCUACGCAUCAUUCGCGACGGCUGCGCUGGGGCUGGCGAUGCUCGCCAUAGGAGUAAGUGUUGCCCAGCCUGUUUUUGGGGUGGCGCGGUACUCUUGCGCGGAGCUGACUUACUAUGGGAGUCCUCAGUUAUGGCCUACCAAGACGCCUGUGUGGGCAGUGCUGAUCGCCUCUCUGCUGGGAGGCCUCGUUCUUCUACCCGCCGGAUUCGUGUAUGCCAUGAGUGCCACCGCGGUGAGUCAGAAGUCACCUUGAGCUGGGGGACAGCCUUAUUCCUGACUAUAUUCCCAAGUAUUCGAAAAAAGCUUCAAGUCAAUGUUCCGAGCGAAUUGCUAGCGGGGUACAUGAUGAAGGGUAAUCCAUCGGCUAAUAUGGUACGCCGUAGAAGCAGGGUUAGGCAUUGGGAUCAAUCCCUGACUUGAACAUUCCACUCCCAGCUGUUCAAGAUUUACACCAUCACCACUACCCAAGUCGGACUCACCUUCGUGCAGGACCUCAAACUUGGACACUACAUGAAAGGUCAGUUGAAACUUUUCCUUCUGAGAAUGCUCUCUUAGACGGGACCCGAAGGUUCACCUGGCGGACCUGUGUUACUUUGCAGUUCCCCCUCGAGUCACCUUUCUCGGUAAGUCAUCAUCUAACUCUCCCGUAUUUGCUCGGUUCCACUGAAAAAGAAACAUCGUCAAAUAGUGCAAGUCGUCGCCGUUUUUGUCACCUGUCUCGCACAGAUCGGGGUAAAGCGAUGGCUGGUUGCCAACGUGGAGGACUUUUGUCAACGCGGGCAGAGUGCGCUCCUCGUUUGUCCGACGACUCGCACUUUUUACUCGGCGUCUAUCAUAUGGUGAGCACGAAACCACACGACGGAAGGUCAUAUCGCAUCUGCUAACGCGCAAGACCUCACCGCAUAGGGGAGCUAUCGGCCCUUCGAGGCUGUUCGGACCGGGGAAACAGUACAGCCCCUUACUAUUUUGCGUCUUGGCCGGCGCAGUUGCCCCACUCCUCCCUUGGAUGUGUGAGAAGCGGUGGCCAAGAAGCUGGUUGGCGUAUGUGUCUCUCCCGGUGGCGAUGAACGCCGCCCUCUCCAUCACGAGCGCGAACGGGAUCAACGUGAGCUCGUCCGCUCGUCCGCUCUCCGUGAUUGUCUUUUUCCAGUACUGACCCGAGGUGCCGGGUGUCUCGGAAUCGUAGUACUCGUCUUGCUUCAUUGUGGGCUUUGUCUUUCGUAAGCCACAAUAUGGAGCGGUCAGAUCCUUCACUCUUCGUGAUCGACCCGGCUGAUGUAACCACCUGCAGAAUACUGCUUACGCCGUCGUCACUUCUCAACUUGGUCCAAAUACGUAUACAUCAUCUCGGCCGGGCUCGACUCGGGGACUACGUUCAGCGCGCUCAUCAUCUUUUUCUCAUUGAUGCUACCCAAGAACGGGCAACUUAGUGAGUGUUGCCAGCGUACGGGAGGCAGGGAAACUACAGCAAGCUCAUUGACGAUCCCUUUGCCACCUCGCCUUGAUGGUUGAAGCACUCGAUUGGUGCGUGUGGGCUCUCUCGAGUGACCAAAAAUCGAAUCGGCAAAGCUAAUCCAAGAAUCUGUUCUUCUAGGUGGGGAAACAACGUCUUCAAGAACACUGCCGAUUGGGCCGGUAUAUCGCACCGGAACCCGCCCCCUCAAGGCUUUGGUCCAGAUACGUGGUGA